UGAACUGUGUUGACCGUCACCUGAAGGAUCGGGGAGAUGAAAUCGCUCUUAUCUGGGAGAAGGAUGAGCCUGGCCAACAGCAGCUGUACACUUACAAGCAGCUGGCAGAUUUGGUUGGCAAAAUUGGAAAUCUCUUACGGAACAACGGAGUUAAGGCUGGAGACAGAGUGGCCAUCUACUUGCCCAAAACACCAGUUGCUGUUGCGACAAUGCUGGCGUGUGCUCGCAUCGGUGCCAUUCACAACGUAGUGUUUGCAGGAUUCAGUGCUGAUGCUCUAGCUGGGAGAAUCAAUGAUGCUCGAGCAGAAAUUGUAGUCACAUCCAAUCAGGCAGUUCGAGCGGGCAGAACAAUUGAGCUGAAGAAAACAGUUGACCAGGCAGUGAAAAAAUGCCCGGGUGUGAGACAGGUCCUGGUGUAUUACAGAACUGAAACUGAAGUGCCUUUGAACAGAUUAGAUAUUAACAUGAACAAGGCACUGGAACAUGAGUCACCAGACUGCCCAGUAACAGAGAGGCAGAGCGAGGAUACCCUGUUCAUGCUGUAUACAUCCGGCAGCACUGGUUCUCCUAAGGGAAUCACUCAUUCCACUGCAGGAUACCUCCUGUAUGCCAAUGUUACAUUCAAGCAUGUGUUUGACUUCCAGCCGGGGGAGAGGUUUGGGUGUGUGGCCGAUAUAGGCUGGAUCACAGGACAUUCUUAUGCCCUGUAUGGACCCUUGUCGAAUGGAGGCACCUCUCUCCUCUUUGAAAGCACACCACUGUACCCUGACCCAGGCCGCUACUGGGAAAUGGUUGAAAGACUUAAGCUGAACCACAUCUAUCUGGCUCCGACCUCACUACGAAUGUUGCUGAAAGCUGGUGACAGUUAUGUCAAAAAAUACGACAGGUCUUCACUUCGCAAGCUUGGUUGUGUUGGAGAACCUCUGAACCACGAGGCCUGGGAGUGGUAUUACGAGGUUGUCGGGGAGAAGCGCUGUGACAUCAUUGAUACCUGGUGGCAGACUGAAACUGGUGGCAUUUGCAUAAGUCCUCGACCUUCAGAAAUUGGUGCGGAGAUUAAACCAGCAAUGCCAAUGAGACCAAUGCUUGGAAUAGAUCUGGCUCUUGUGGAUCCAGAGGGUCGGGAAAUUAAAGGAGACGAUGCGGCAGGCAGUCUUUGUAUACGCAAAUCCUGGCCAGGUAUAGCCAGGACCAUCCACGGAGAUCAUGAAAGAUACAUUAAUACAUACUUUAGCCCUGUGCCAGGGUUGUACUACACUGGCGAUGGGGCCCACCGGCAUCCUGGCGGCUACUACCAGAUAACUGGACGCAUGGAUGAUGUUCUCAAUGUCAGCGGCCACCGGAUCGGAACAGCAGAAAUUGAGGAUGUGAUG